GCCCCGGGCGGAGCGCAGAGGCUGCGGGCAGGGACAGGUGAGCGGGCGGCCGGUCCUCCGAGGAGCGGCGAGCGGCGGUCUGAGCUUCGGAGUCCGCGGCGGCGAGUCCCCGUCCGCCCGGCGGCGGCGGGCCAGCUGGGAGGAUGCGGAGCCGGAGCGCGGCGUGGCUGCUGGCGGGCACCGUCCUGCUGGCGGCCUCCGCCUCCUGCAACCACACCGGCCACGGAGCCAACAAACCCUCUAAGGGAAGAAGUAUAAUUGGUAGAAUCAGUGACUCAUCUCCAAUCCCUGGGAGAAGCGUUCCAGUGGAGCCAGGCCUUUCUGUGGAUGAGAUUUCUGCCUCCCUCCUGACUGGAAAGCUGACCACUGUCUUCCUUCCGAUUGUCUACACGGUUGUCUUUGUGGUUGGUUUGCCGAGUAAUGGCAUGGCCCUGUGGAUCUUCCUUUUCCGAACAAAGAAGAAGCACCCUGCGGUGGUGUACAUGGCCAACCUGGCCUUGGCAGACCUCCUCUCUAUCAUCUGGUUCCCUGUGAAGAUUGCCUAUCACAUACAUGGCAACAACUGGACCUACGGGGAAUCUCUGUGCAAGGUGCUCAUUGGCUUUUUCUAUGGCAACAUGUACUGUUCCAUCCUCUUCAUAACCUGCCUGAGCGUGCAGAGGUAUUGGGUGAUCGUGAACCCCAUGGCGCACACCAGGAAGAACGCAAACAUCGCCAUCGGCAUCUCCCUGGGAAUAUGGCUGCUGAUUCUGCUGGUUACCAUCCCCCUGUAUCUCGUGAAGCAGACCAGCUACAUCCCUGCCCUCAACAUCACCACCUGCCACGAUGUCUUACCCGAGGAGGUGCUGGUGGGGGACAUGUUCAAUUACUUCCUCUCUCUGGCCCUCGGAGUCUUCCUGUUCCCAGCCAUCCUCAUGGCUUCUGCCUAUGUGCUGAUGAUCAGAACCCUUCAAUCCUCUGCCAUCGACGAGAACUCGGGAAAGAGGAGGAGGAGAGCCAUCAAACUGAUUGUGACUGUCCUGGUCAUGUACCUGGUCUGCUUCACUCCCAGCAACAUUCUGCUGGUGGUGCACUAUUUCACCAUUAAACACUGGGGCCAGAGCUCCGUCUAUGCCCUGUACAUCGUAGCUCUCUGUCUCUCCACCCUCAACAGCUGCAUCGACCCCUUUGUCUAUUACUUUGUCUCAGAAGACUUCAGGAAUCACGCAAAGAACGCUCUUCUUUGUCGAAGUGUCCGUAAGGUGAAGCGGAUGCAAAUAUCCCUCACGUCAAAGAAAUCCUCCAGGAAAUCCAGCUCGUACUCCUCAAGCUCAACCACCAUUAAAACCUCCUACUGAGCAUUCCAGCUUCGCGGAUGGAAGUUUGACGGGAGGCUUCGGAGCUUGCUUAACGUUAUGGGGAUGUUUCUGUUGUUUCCUAACCAAGAGGGUCUUAACCACGUGCCAUGGUUGUGCAGUACCUUUCAGGAUUGCUGGAAGCUUCCCUGUACCCACGAAGGUGACAUAAAUGCCAGUUUCAGAAUGUCUCUACUCAGAUGCUCCCAGAAUAGAACUUCAGGUUUCCUAGAAGGUGGCCCCGCAAAAAUCACACACACAGCAAACCCAGUGACUUGCAAAAACUGGUUUUGGAAGACUAACUUUUUAGUGGAAACUACAUUUCUUAUACAUCUUGGGUCAAGCACUGUCUUGUUAGGGCUCAAGAACCCCCUGGGAUGAUAUGUCCAAUUGAUUGAGUUGAUGGAGGAAGACACUUUGAAAGAGGUGAGGGAGCUGCCCAGAGUCAGGCUUCUCACCAGAGGCAGCAAGCUGGGAUUGGGCAGCAGCAUCUGAAUGGUCAGUGGGGUUCUUGUCCCACUUCAUCGAAGGCAGUGAGCUGCUUGUUUAAAAAUGCUGCAGGCUCUUCAGACUCAGGAAUGAGAGCUCGGAAUCUGGGGACAGGCCCAGGAACCCGUGUGCUGACAAGCUUCUGCGCAAAGCUCAGGCACACCAGGUCUGAGACCCACGGGUCUGGCUGCUGCUGUUACUGGACAAAGGGUCGUGGUAGUUUUUAAAAAGAGAAGCAGACAGAAUGCUUUGUGUCCCUUUUAUGUUCAGCUUAUAAGGAAAUUGGUUUUGUUGACUUACUGGGUCUUUCAAUUUCUUUAUUAAUCUUGAGCUUUUAUAUGUAUCAUUAUCAUUUCGAGGAAAAUGCAACAGGAUUUUAAACUUGAAAAUACAAAUGCUGUGUAAUUUUUUACUGACAUCAGCGAAAUCUUCAGGUAGCCUGAGUUUCGCAACAAGGAUCAGAAUUUAUCACUUAGUAUUUUAAGAAAUUAUUGUUGGACUAUUUAUUAUCAGUUUUGUUCCCUUGUUAUCAAAUAUGAAAUUAUAAAACCAUCACCAGGUUUGAACCACAUCUGUUUGGAAAAAAAAAUAGAUGUGAUUUGCAGCAAUAUAUCUAAAGGGUACUUGACUCCAGACUGACUUUAUACAACUUGUAUUUGUGACUUUUUGAAAUAAUUAUUUUAUUGUGUGAUUUAUAAAUCACAUGACUAUUUUUU